CUUUUAGUCUCUGCCCUGUGCUCACACUGUGCAGCUGAGGCACCAAGAUGACCGUGGGGUCUGCAUGGUGUAGCCCUGCUGUGCUACUGCUUCUCUCUUCCCCGUCACUAUGGGCAGUGCAAAUUUCCUGCAGAAAUGAAGACGGGGAGGCAGUCGAUUGGUUUGCUCUGUACAAGCUGCCAAAAUACACCAGAGGAGAGGAUGCGAGGCUGGGGCUGCAGUACCUGUACAUGGAUGCCCUGGUGCAGGACUGGCAGCUCGGCAAAUACCUCAUCAAUAUGACGCAGGGCGCGCUGGGACAGACACUGAGGCAGCUCUAUGAAGCAUACGAGUCCAAGAGCAACAACACUGCAUAUGCAAUCUAUAACGAUGAGGUCCCUCAUUCAGACUCCACCAGCUGGAAAAGAGGACACACCAAAGGGUUUCUGCUCUUGGACAAAUCACAAGGCUUCUGGGUGAUUCACAGUGUGCCCCUGUUCCCUCCCUUCCCUGAGGAUGGUUAUGGGUACCCAGUGAGUGGGCAGUCCUACGGACAGACAGCCAUCUGCAUAACCUUCAAAUACGACCAGUUCACAGAAAUAGACCAACAGAUGCUGAGCUCUAAUCCACAAAUCUACAGCUGUUCCCUCCCUAGUGCCUUUCAGGCUGAUCUCCCAAAUCUGCAAAAGCUCUGUGCACGCUCCAGGCUGCCCUCAGCCCCCUUGCACCGCCUCUCCAAGCUGCAGUCAGCUCGCGGGGAGGCCUUUCUCCACUUUGUGAAGUCCCACUCAUUCGUGGAUGAUAUCUACGUGGCCUGGGUGGCUCAGGAGCUGAAGACUGAUUUGCUGGCUGAAUCCUGGCAGCACUCUGGCCGAAAACUUCCCUCAAAUUGCUCUCUGCAGUACCAUGUCUACAACAUAAAUCUCAUAGGGACACCACUGAACUCUACCUUCCAUUCCAUCGAGGAUCAUUCCAAAUGGUCUGUUUCAAAGAAGAACGAAGAUCAGUGGACCUGCAUUGGAGACCUAAACCGUGCUGCUGAGCAAGCUUGGAGGAGUGAGCUGCAUGUGCGUGACCUCACAGCACAGGAACAGCCAGGAACACUUCAUUGGGGACAGCUCUGGUGAGGUGCUCCAUCAGACAUCAGAGCGCCAGACUGGCUCCACCACCUGUAUUUCCUAUGGGAGAUGCUCAGCCACAGCAUUUGGGUCACGGAGCUCAACAGCAAGGAGUCUCCACCUCAGGCUGACGCAGUGGUGUGUCACAGUCCCGCUCCCCAGGCUACAAGUCAACAGCCUAUCACUGGGCUUUAAGUGCUAAUUGUUAUUCUUAAUGAUUUGAUCAACUGAUAGCUAUCAUAGAGCAAGAUUAUUCACAGCAUUCCUCUUCCAAUAUGCCCAAGACUGGUAGCCUCCAUGUUAGCUGCUGCUAAAGAGGCAUAAACGGCAGGGGGAAGAUGGGGAGAAACAUUACAUGACAGUCACCUAAAUAGGCAGGUUGGGUACACGCUUAUUUCACUGGUGUAGCAAUACAAAGGCUGCAGUUCUGGUUCUCUCUUUUUUUGACUGUAAACAGUUUUAAUGCAAUUUUCCUCACAUUGCGUAAUGUCCAUAUUUACAUAUCCCAGUAUUUCCACUACAUACAUUAUAAAACUCAAACUCAUAUGCCUUCAUAGCAUGCAUUGUGAUCAAUUGCUGGUGUGAGAAGUAUUUUUGCAUAUUUUUCCAAGGUUUUAACUUUAAAAUGUGCUGUUCUUUGUCAAAAUGCCAAGUGCUUGACAGCUCUAUCCACCCCAUGCUCCCUUCGCUGCCCAUGGUGACCCCUCUGGCUGGGCUGCUCCUGCGGAGGGGGACAUCCAGCACGGCCCCCGCAGUGAUUUCGGGGGGACCUGCUGAGCCAAGCUGAGGCUGCCAAAGGACAGAAGUCUUGGACGCAGCCUGGAGAGGUCAGAAAGCUGUUUUCCCUCCUGGAAACCCCGUGUCUCUUCCCCUCAGCACGCAGGUAUGGCUAUUCUGUCCCUUGGGCUCUGUUCUGGUUAGACUGAAUGUGAACAUUUAUUACGCAUGAAAAUUGUUUGCCGAGGGAGUAGGAGAGGCCAAAAGCACACGUUAUUAAUCCACUAAACGUUGCUGUAAUGCAGAUGAGUUUGCAACAAACACAACAGCAGGGAUCAUUGUUUGGUAGGAAUUGCCUUGUAAUUAUUCAGGCAAGACUGGGCCCUGUCCCAGCACGCAUCGCAAGCGCCCAAGCGACAGGGAAGGCGAACGCAGCCUCUCGCAAUGCCCGCCCGCCCCGGCAUCUCCCACCCUUGCCACCACCGCUGCCCUGCAGAGCAGGCAGCAUGCCUAUCUUCCCCUCCUCUCCGGAAAACGAGGCCCGAUGGUUUUCCUCUGAACCCCCAAGGAUUCUCCUGCAGCACCAGUAGUUGGGGAUCCUUCGGGUAGUGUCUUGCUGUGCUGGAAAUGGGCAUUUUUACACAGACUUAAAUGUAGGAGGCCGUCUAAAGGAUUAGACAUCAGCCUUGUUGGGACAAAAACUAAAAGACUGUGAAGGUGUGGAAACUUAAGCUGUGUGAAAUUUUGUUCCAGCUGGGCACUUACUCCACUGGAAAACAGGCAGAAGCAUCCAGUCAGAGGCCCUUUCACAGGGUGGCCUUUAAGGGGGGAUUGCUCCAGGUGUCUUCACAAUGACUGAAAAUAUCCUGAGAGCUAGCAAUGGGAGUCACCCCUUCCGACAGUGUGCUGGGGAACUUCUCGAGGACUCCAUGCCAGCCAUCUGCCAGCAAGUGAAGGGAAUUCUGAGGUGAAAUUUCUCUGACUUAGCUGGGAGCCUUCCCUUCUUCGAGGCAUGCCAACAUAGCCUGCCACUGGCCUUGUCACAGAGGUUUGCAGAUCCAUUUCUGAAACAAAUUCUGCUUCAAAGCAGGCAUUUUUAAAAGUACCUAAGUCCUGCAGAGCUGUGCAGGUUUUGCCCAUCCAGCUGCCAGCAAUGCCCGUUCUGCCAACCGCCCUUGCAAAGCCGUGCCUCUCUCGCCUCCCCAGCAGCUCAGACCAGCUGCUGCACCAGCAGUGCACUGAGUGCAGCUUCCUGCUCUCGGAGCGGGAGGUUUCCAGCAAACACCUCUAAUGCAAUCUCUUAUGUCAAACAAGUGCCUUCUCAGCAUGCCUGUGGUGUGAAGAGACAGCACUAUUUUUGAGAAGACAUAUGGGCCUCUCUUGUCCCUCUGUUCUGUUUAAAUAUAUACACCCCUGACUCCUGAGAGUAAUGAAAUGCUAAAGAAGAACAUUGUGAGGCUUUUUUUUUUAUGUAUCAAAGCAUCCUUCGCAUUAUUAGUGUAGUCACAUAAUUAUCCCCAGAGAAACUCACAUCCAUAAGUUAACACCCAUAAAUUAUUGUGUGGAUGUCUUUUAUACCUUCAUUUUCAGCUUCUGGGAAAGAUACAUCACUGGGUUCUUAGCACAGUAAUUGUUUCCAAACAUGUAAUCUGCCUAUGCCCUGGGUAAAACGUUCAGGAGACAGAGCCAUGCUGGCAGUGUCUGCUAGAAUCUCAGUGCAAGCUAAAGCCUAACUGUGCUCAGAACAUGAUGCAAGAAUGUGAUGUACCUCUUGUGUUUCACAAGAGAUUUCUUAAAAAGACAGAAAAUUAAAAAUGAGAAUGUAGAGGAAUAGGAAUUUAUGUUAGGCAAAGCAUGGAAAAUAAAAUCUUGUAGCAGGGAAUAAACUCUCCAUAGUGCAAGGCAGGGAGACAGAUCUGAGAUUUCAAGCUACGCUAUCAAUAUCAGUAUAUUAUAGAUACUCUGAUACCCCAAGCAGAUUAUCUAUAUCUAACAUUUUCCUACUUAGAUCAGAGAUACCAGAUUAAAGGCCUACCCUGCUGAAUAUUCUCAGAAUCCUUCAGCAGUAAAAGCUGCUACAUAUGACCUCAGAAACCAGUUGUAGCACUUUCAGAUCUUGGCCUCAGAUAGGAGGUAGUUCAUAAUAUAUAUAUAUGUAUAUAUAUAUUUUUUUUUUGGCAGGCUCAUUAUAUGCUUAUCUACUGUUUUUAACUGAUUUAUCCCAGUGUAAAGAGUACGCUAUUCUAGCUAUUCUAUGCAUAUUUGAUACCUUAAUUUUACUCAAAGUGUUAAAUAAGAAACACUAGGACUUGAAAAAUAUAUCUUAUCUCUAAAACAGCUGUUACAUUUUUACUCAAGUGAUUUUAGUAAAUCUCCUUGAUUUUAUUCUUUUCAGUUGAGAUCAUUUUGCGUUUCUACACAAGGUAACAAGUGACUAUUCCAAAUCUCCUGUAAGACAGAUAAAAGGGAGAAACAUUCUUCUACUCCUUUCAUCACUUUGCAGUUUGGGAACUGCAAGCCAGUAUUCAAAUAUUCAAAGCUUUACUAGAAUAGAGCAUAGUAUUCAAUGUCGUCUGCUGGAUUGCUGGCGAUUGCUACAAGUGGUUCACAGUAGUACACUUGUGCUAGCAUUGCAUAAUUUAUUAAUCAUAGAAAUUGUGCAUGCAAAUUAGCCACACAGUUCUGCAUCAUCGUGUAUUAACCAGAAGAUUUGUCUUCACAUGUAUUAAUGCCCUCAGAUAAUCAUGUCGCAUUACAGCAGUACACAUUUUAUGCAUCACCUUCCAAAAACUGUCAAAAGCUCACUAAAAGCCAUGUCAUCAAGUGUGUUGUUUUUCGUUGCUGUUCCUGUACUUCUGACUUUCCAAAGUUUGAAAGCAUUUAGCUCCAUGGCUUUUCUGUAUCUGGCUUUUUUUAGGUUUCCUAUUUGGGCUAAGGUUCUAUCAGCCAAAAAUCAGUAUUUCUCUUUCCAUAGUGCACUUUCAAAAAUGUAUUUUUUGCACUAGGAUUCUUCUGCUUAGCUCCACUGCCCGCUGCUUCACGUUGAGGAUUAAGAACACUGAGCUCAGUGCACUUUUCAGGAACUGUUUCCUUCCUUGCCCUGGAAACUUCUCCAUUGCUCAUUCUGACCUGGGCACUGUGCAAAUGAAAUCUGCAUCUUUUCCUCUCUUGCUUUCAAACUGCUCCGAUUAUUUGUUGCACAAAAGUAAGAUUUUCAAGGUGAGUGAACUGACAAUUUUGCAUGAGACAUUUUGCAAGGAAAAAGCAGGCAAGAAAUGCUGCACAGCAAAUAGGGACAAUUACUACAGCUGUGUUCCCUGCUGCCCACCAACCUGCCCUCCUCUUUACUGCCAAAGGAUGUGAAGUACCAGAGAAAUCAGAGCAAAGAGAACUUGGAGAAAAACUCAGAAGAGGGAACAAGACAACUGAAAGUGAAAAGUGAGCAAGAGAGUAGAAGCAACGGGAGAGCAGAAGGAGCAUUAGGGUGGGAGACACACUCAGGGAGGUCAGAGACCUCCAUUUUGAUCACAGAGGACCAUUAGGAGUUACUCAUGCACAAAUCCAAUUUGCAGCUUGUUUCACUUACUUAACAUUUAUCCAUUUUACAAAUGUAGCCUCCACAGGCUGUGCCACAGAGAGAAAAAAAACAAAAGGCACAAACUGAAGUGACUUAGCCAAGUAUUAAAAAACAAACAAACCAAACACCCACAGAGGAAGCCGCUACCUGUUUGUUACCAAACCUACAAGAGGUGGGGCAAGUCAAAGGCAAAAGCAUUAAAUAUAUAAAAGUAGGAGGGAGAAAUUUAUAAGCCAUACUAAACAGUUUGAACCACACACAUUUGAACAACAUGCUAUAACUUUUUUUUUUUUAAAGGAAGAUACUAUUAAGAUUUAAAACCAAUAAAAGUACAACGAAAACAAGAGGUGCAAAGCAUUUACAAGAGUAACUGCAGACCAUUUCAUUAUGGACCAUGACACUAAAACCAUUCUCAUCUCAUUAAGAAAGCUGCAGGCAAAAAAAAAAAAAAAAGUAAAUACAAGUACAAAAUAACAUAAACAGUGAUAAGCAAACUGAUGCCUUUAACGCUUCACUCUUGGGAUUAUCACAUGCAUCUCUACAACUUGUAGCAUUUUAUUCUCAGAUAAAAAUAA